AACCCGGUGCCGGGCCCGCACCUAAAUGGCUUCCCAAUGCCCACCUACUCCUACUUCUUCCCUCACAUGUUGGGAAGUCUGUCGCCACCGGCCCUGCCAGGACUUCCUCUCAGCGGCUACAGCACCCCCUCACCAGCCAGAACUGUUGACAGAUGUCAGGCCGAGGAAUUCCACGGUCUGUGACAUUGACUGAUCAGCGACUGUCGAGAUAAAAUCUGACCGAUAAGUGCACACGCACACACGUGCAAAAACACAAAUUCCAGACAUGUGCUGACUGAAAGAAUUUUUAAAAAUGAUUUAUUUAUUUAUGUAAAUGAAUAAAAAGUGUUCUAAUUCUAGCUGACUUUUAAACCUGCAUAUGCCUUUUACACGCCCCCUCUGGACAAUUUAGUCAAGGCACACACAAGCAUACUUGGCAUUCAAUAUCAUGUAUAACCAGUUAGUGAUACGUGUCAGUCACCUUGCGCUCACUAUUCCUGCUUAAUAGGAAAAAAAAACACCCCAAUAUUUUAUAUUUCUGCUGGGCUAAAAUUGCGGCACGGUGGGCGACUGGUUAGAGCGUCAGCUUCACAGUUCUGAGGUGCGGGGUUCAAUCCCCGUCCCCGCCUGUGUGGAGUUUGCAUGUUCUCCCCGUGCCUGCGUGGGUUUUCUCCGGGCACUCCGGUUUCCUCCCACAUCCCAAAAAACAUGCAUUAAUUGGAGACUCUAAAUUGCCCGUAGGCAUGACUGUGAGUGCGAAUAGUUGUUUGUUUGUAUGUGCCCUGCGAUUGGCUGGCAACCACUUCAGGGUGUACCCCGCCUCCUGCCCGAUGACAGCUGGGAUAGGCUCCAGCACGCCCGCGACCCUAGUGAGGAGAAGCGGCUCAGAAAAUGGAUGGAUGGAUGGCAAAAAUUGAAUGUUUGAUAUUUAAGUAGCGAAUUAUGCGACAUGCCCCCCCAAAAAAGAGAAAACAGGAGAAGACGGAGAAGCCAUGCUAACCACUAAGUUAAUGAGAAAUGUAGAGGAAUGAAACACCAGAAGCAGUUGGCUGCCAACUACUGGGCUGGCAUGCAUAUUGCAGCAUUUUAAGUUGUUUUUGCAGAUUUGCGUAGACCAAGUUUUGACAAUCUUGUCUUCUGUAAGUGACUACUAGGGCUUGGCAUUGUUAAGAAUGUCACAAUUCAAUUUGAUUUUGAUUCUUUAGGUUUCAAUUCGAUUCAAAUCGAUUUUGAUCUAAAUGCUCUGAUAUUGAUUCAGUAAGAAGUAUAACUACAUAAAUCAUUUAAGAGUAAAUUUUGACCAUUUGGAAGUAUCUAAUUUCUCACUUAAUUACAAAGAUAAAGUGCAAUGUGUACCACAGCAGCACAUGUACGAUUGCCAAUACAAGGUAACAUAUUAAUAUUAGCUAAUUUAAUAAAGCCUACCAUCGCAUGUUAGAACAUAUUGUAAUUCCCCCCGCAAGUGGUCGAAAAUAGACCAGUGCAAUUUCAAUUGCUUUAUUGGACAAAAAGUAAGAAAACAAGGAACAAAAUAAACACACACAUACUUGAGCCGCGAAGAGUUCGAACUCACGCGGAGUCAGCCAACUCUACACUUUCAUUCGCUGACGCCCACAUCGCUCGCCAGCCUAGGCCCCGCCUUUUGAAGCCAUACACACUCAAAGUCACAGAUACUAAAGUAGAAUGUGAAGAUGGUGACUCCAAGUGAACAAAAAUAAUACCUGCGUCUCACUUGCAUAUGGUACUGUGUUUAAAAAUGCAAAAUAAAUUUUUGUCCAAUCACUCGAUUAAUCGAUGAAAUAAUCGGUAGAAUACUCUAAUCCUUGCCUGAUCACCAAAAAUGUAACUUGUCUCUUCUCCAUCCCAUGUCCCAGCCCUUCAUGGAAAUCCUGAUCCAUUAAGCAGUUGUCCACUUGGGUUGAUAAUCACCACGCAGGCAAAAACAUUAUCCCCCGCCAUGAGGAUUGCACUUGAGUGAGACAACUCGGAGAGGGAAACGCGGAAGGCGGCGCAACAGUUGACAUCUUGCUGAUUCAAUAUUUACCCAUCAAGCACAACUAUUUCCUCGAUAGAGACGCAGAGUACCAGCUCAGAGGAGAUAGUGCCAAGCCCGCCCUCGCCUCCCCCGCCGCCCCGCGUCUACAAGCCCUGCUUUGUGUGCCAGGACAAGUCCUCAGGGUACCACUAUGGUGUCAGCGCCUGUGAAGGCUGCAAGGGCUUCUUCCGGAGAAGCAUCCAGAAGAACAUGGUGUACACUUGUCACCGCGAGAAGAACUGCAUCAUCAACAAAGUCACCCGAAAUCGCUGCCAGUACUGUCGGCUUCAGAAGUGCCUGGAAGUCGGAAUGUCCAAGGAAUCUGUGAGAAAUGACCGGAACAAGAAGAAGAAGGACGAAAAGAAGCAGGAGUGCACAGAGAGCUACGUGCUGAGUCCCGACACCGAGCAGAUGAUUGACAGAGUCCGCAAGGCCCACAAGGAAACGUUCCCCUCCCUGUGCCAGCUCGGCAAAUACACUACGAACAACAGCUCGGAACGACGUGUGUCCUUGGACGUGGACCUCUGGGACAAGUUCAGCGAGCUGUCCACCAAAUGCAUCAUCAAGACAGUGGAAUUCGCCAAGCAGCUUCCCGGCUUCACGACGCUCACAAUCGCCGACCAGAUCACCUUGCUCAAAGCCGCCUGUCUGGACAUCCUGAUACUGCGGAUCUGUACACGCUACACCCCAGAGCAAGACACCAUGACCUUCUCAGACGGACUCACGCUAAACCGCACCCAGAUGCACAACGCCGGCUUCGGACCGCUCACCGACCUGGUCUUUGCCUUCGCCAACCAGCUGAUCCCGCUGGAGAUGGACGAUGCCGAGACGGGGCUGCUCAGCGCCAUCUGUCUGCUGUGCGGAGAUCGUCAGGAUCUGGAACAAGCAGAGAAGGUGGACAUCCUGCAGGAGCCGCUUCUGGAGGCACUGAAGAUCUACGUGAGGAAGAGGAGGCCCCACAAACCGCACAUGUUCCCCAAGAUGCUGAUGAAGAUCACCGAUUUGAGGAGCAUCAGCGCUAAGGGGGCUGAGCGUGUCAUCACCCUGAAAAUGGAGAUCCCGGGCUCCAUGCCUCCCCUCAUCCAGGAGAUGCUGGAGAACUCCGAGGGCCUAGAAAGCGGUGCCUCGGGGGGCCGUCCCUGCGGCACGCCGCCGGGUAGCUGCAGCCCCAGUUUGUCCCCGAGCUCCGCCCAAAGUAGUCCAGCCACACAAUCGCCGUAGUAACGGCCCACCUUGGUUUUUUUUUUUAUUUUCCCGUUUUCGCUCACACCAGUUGAUCAGAGGAGAAGAGGCGAAGGAGGAGGUCUUGACUGCUGACGGAGGGAGACCGUCCUCCUCCUGUUCUGCUUUUUCCUUACGUGAGGGGGGAGAAAUCCACACCGCCACCCAGAGACCUCACCGUAAACACUGCUGACUCCUCCUCCUCCUCCUCCUCCUUUUGCUCUUCCUCCUCACUCCACUGCUGCUCCUCCACCAUUCUCCAGAAAGCAGUUGGAAAGGUCAGGUGAAUGCAGUGUGCAGUACAGAAGUGAGAACGGCCGGCAUGGGAAGUGACAAGACUUCUGGACAGAUUUGACAAACACCAGACACUUUUUUGUUGUUGUUGUUGUUGUUGUUGUUGCUGUUGAUUAUGCAGACUACAAGCUCGGGACUUGUCAAAAGACCCUCCUCCUCCUCCACUUCCUCUUCCUCCUCAGAGACUCUGGGUCUUUUCUCUUUUCCCAGCUUCAAAAAAAAAAAAAAAAAAAAAAAAAAAACAGAUUUCGUACACAAAGAUAUAUAUAAAUAUAUAGAAAAAGUUAAGGAACUAUUGUGAUUGAAUGGAAGGCCGUAACGAGAACGUGUUUUCUGAGAUUACAGAUUGUUGUACUCCCUCACUGUUUUGCCCAUCAUGAGAGGAAAAAAAGUUAGUUUGAUCACACGUGUACAUUAUUCUGAUUUAACAAAAAAAAAAAACAAGCAAAAGAGAAUGCCAUUUCCUUCCAGUCCUCAGUUGACUACACACACACACACGAACGCAUAUACAUAAAAACACACACACACUAAUGUGCACAGAAAAUAAGUUGCAAUGAAAUGAGCAUCUAUUCCUACUCUUCCAGGUUCUUUAUUUUAUUGCCUCCAGGAAUAUGGAAAAAAAUGAUUGUAUGAACUUGGUUGUAUGAUAUGGUCACAGGUCCUUUCAAGAAAUCCAAUUAAUGAAGAUUCAUUUUUAAGGUGUAUUUUAAGUAGCCUUUUGAGUUUGUGUAUAUAAGCUGUAUUAAUUUCUUAAAAACUAUGAAGAGUUUUAGGCUUCACAUGAUUUUUUUUUUUUUUAAGAAUACCUUUUAUGUGUUUUAUUCCUGGGUUUGUGAUUCAAGAAAAAAUACAUUUUGAGCACACUUUACUGAAGGAAGUUCUUUCAUGUUAUGUGUCCUACUAAAUACUGGACAGACCCUUAACCCCCGUCACUGGCUGUCCACAAUGUGGUUGUUGUUCACAAACACCCCUCUGUGUGUGUGUCCAUAACAUCAAUGGCUACAGUAGCGCUCGUUUUUUUGUUUGUUUCUUUUUUUGUUUUUGUUUUUGGCCACGUAGCAGAAUCAAAUGUAGUGUUUUCUUUUGCUCUCUGAAAAACAAAAAACAAAAACGUGGAUGCCACUUGUAGCUUGCCAGGCUCAGGUUUGCAGCUUCAGAGAGUUCAAAUGUGAAGAAUGGUGUACUGUACACACUGUAUUAAAAACACAAGUCUCACUAA